GGCCGGCGCCGUUUCCAGUUGAGAGAUGGCGGCCGCCGCAGGUAGAUCGCUCCUGCUGCUCCUCUCCUCCCGGAGCGGCGGCGGGGGCGCCAGCGGCUGCGGCGCGCUGACUGCCGGCUGCUUCCCGGGGCUGGGCGUCAGCCGCCACCAGCAGCAGCAGCACCACCGGACGGUCUCUCACUACCAUUCCUACAGUGGUUGCAAGAUACCGUUUCUUCCUCACUCUCCAUGUACCAUGCCAGUGACAUCUUAGCUGCUAGAGUGUGGAGCUGGCCUGUGGGAGUCAAGUCAUCUUGUAAAUUUUGCCUAUAUAAAUUAACGCAUCCCCUGUUCUGUCAUAACAACCAUGUAAGGGAGAGUGUUUUCCUGCUCUGUCUUAGGUAUUGAUGGUGUGACCUGUUCAUGCAGGGGAAACUUGAACAUUCACAGGUGCACCAGAGGCUCUCUUCCUGGCAGAAUUUGGGAGCUGUUUAUUGCAGUACUGUUGUGCCCUCUGAUGAUGUGACAGUGGUUUAUCAAAAUGGGUUACCCGUGAUAUCUGUGAGGCUACCAUCCCGACGUGAACGCUGCCAGUUUACUCUCAAACCUAUCUCUGACUCUGUUGGUGUAUUUUUACGACAACUGCAAGAAGAGGAUCGGGGAAUUGAUCGAGUUGCAGUCUAUUCACCAGAUGGUGUUCGAGUUGCUGCUUCAACGGGGAUAGACCUCCUCCUCCUCGAUGACUUCAAGUUGGUCAUUAAUGAUUUAACAUACCAUGUACGGCCACCAAAGAGAGACCUCCUAAGCCAUGAAAAUGCAGCCACGCUGAACGACGUGAAGACCCUCGUCCAGCAGCUCUACACUACACUGUGCAUCGAGCAGCACCAGUUAAACAAGGAAAGGGAGCUCAUCGAGAGAUUAGAGGACCUCAAACAGCAGCUGGCGCCCCUGGAAAAGGUACGAAUUGAAAUUAGCCGAAAGGCUGAGAAGAGGACCACUCUGGUGCUAUGGGGUGGCCUUGCCUACAUGGCCACGCAGUUUGGCAUUUUGGCCCGGCUCACCUGGUGGGAAUAUUCCUGGGACAUCAUGGAGCCAGUCACCUACUUCAUCACCUAUGGAAGUGCCAUGGCUAUGUACGCAUAUUUUGUAAUGACGCGCCAGGAAUAUGUUUAUCCAGAAGCCAGAGACAGACAAUACUUACUAUUUUUCCAUAAAGGAGCCAAAAAGUCACGUUUUGACCUAGAGAAAUACAAUCAACUCAAGGAUGCAAUUGCUCAGGCAGAAAUGGAUCUUAAGAGACUGAGAGACCCAUUACAAGUACAUCUGCCCCUCCGACAAAUCGGUGAAAAAGAUUGAUCCGCAAAGAGCCUGUGAAUCCUGCCGGAAAGAACACCUGUUUAUAACUCUUGCCUUUUUAAUUAAAGCAUUGCAGGUGGAAGCUGGGCGUCAUGUGGGAGUAGAGGGUUUUUACCUUUAAUUACAAAACAAAAAUAAAAAAGAUCGUAGGGAAGAAAGGAAUGUUAAAACCUGAGGAUCAGGGAUCAUGGAAUAUGAGCUCAAAGGGCUUAGUGAAUAUUGUCUUAAUCAGGCAUCUCAGAUUUUGGAUGAAAUGAUGCAAUUAUGUAAUUAAGAGAUUCAUAAAGAGAAAAUGAUGCUGGCGUGUUUGUUUCUUGCAUUUUCUUUGCAGAGUCAGCAAAACAGUAACACACCAGCACCCCUCUCACCUCUAUUUUUUUUUUAUUUAACAUUUCUUAUUUUUGACAUAGGAGUAAAUAAAUAUACCGGAAAUUAAAUCCUCAUGGUAUGUGGGUGGCAAACAGAGUGUGAGUCCUUAUCAUUCGCAUCUGUUUUAAAUUGGACCCGGUCUCUGCAAAGAUACCAGGAAUCGCUCCCUUCUACACCCCUUUUCUGACCACUACCUGUCCCUCUUGGUUACACUAAUUUAUCCAAAUGUUAAUCAAGCCAAGCUAUAACUGUUUGAUAAUUGACACUUUGGAUUGUCCCUUAAUUUUUUCUUAAGAUUACCAGAGCUCUGGAGCAGAAUCUAGAAAUCACUGGCAAUACUGCAUGAGGUUUUUCUGUUUUGUUUUGUUCUUUUAAUUCAUUAGUCUCUCAGAGGAGAAAGACCUUCUCUCCUUUAUCCACCUGUCCCACUGAUGGUCCCUGCUCUCUCUACCAGGUUAGAGGGAGAGUGUGCAGCUGUAUUACCAAAUCAGAAAGAUGUGAGGUUUACUGGUUGGCUAAAACAUCACGUCUCUGUGGCUGUUUCAGAACCAGAAUAAUGUCAUCGCUGUUAAUCUGCUUGUGUGACAGCAUUCCAGACCACCCUAAUGGCACUGCUGUGUCUGGAGGUUUCAUUGAUCGCGGAGGACACACACUUCUGCACUGUUUGUGAGCCCUCCUGCCUCCACCACUGCAGUCGUUGUAAAUCAAGUGUGCGGAUCUCCACGGGUGCAGUUUAUCUUUAUACAGUAAUACAUUUCUAUGGCUUCCUCCAGCCUAUUUUCUCCACCGUAUUUUUUCCUAUCUUGAAUUGAGAAUAUAUAAUCUUAUAUUCUGUCAAAAUGUUUUCUACCAUAUUUCAAGCCGACAUCUGCACUUGAGGAGUCAGAGGGAUCUGUGUGGUGCCUGUUUAUAACUGCUGUGGAGCAGGACGGCCAGGAGAUGGCCUUGCCCUGUGACUCGCGGGCCCUCCUCUCCCCUGUGAUUCAUCCCUCUUCAUGUGGCAAAAGGCUUCUUUCUCUCUUUUUCCUGCUUCGGGAUCAUUUUAUAUGAAAAGGAAUCCUUUAAGUGGCAGACCCAGACUCCAGGUGCCUUGCAGAGGUUGAAGGCCAGCCAGGGCUGCUGCCGCUCCCGCUGCCACCCUUCACUGGCAUGACGGAAUGACAGGAUGCAUGUCGCCAACCCAACCCGCCUCCCUCUUCCUUCCCUGUCCAACUCCCACACCCCCGUUUAUUUUCAUUGUGUGGAUUAUUUUUAAACCAUUUAUCCUGUUUGUGUGCAGGGUUUUUAAGAAGAAAUAGCACAGUGCAAUGAACAAAUGCUUUUGGGGUGUGUGGGAGGCAAGGGAGGGAGGACAUGGAGAAAAGUCCUUUAAACAAUAGCAAAAUACUGAAUGUGUAAAAUCCUGUAUCAUUUAUGAAAUAUGUAUAAAAAGCAAUGUACCUUCUGGAACAAUAAAUACUUAUUCAAUUUUUGAAUAA